AUGUACUCGCCACGCGUGGUCAUCAUCGGCGCCGGUAUCGUCGGCACUAACGUUGCUGACGAGCUGGUUGCACGAGGAUGGACCAACAUCACAGUGGUCGACCAAGGUCCCCUGGAUAUGCCUGGAGGUUCCACAUCACACGCCCCUGGUCUUGUUUUCCAAACAAAUGUCUGCAAGACCAUGACCCUGUUCGCACGCUACACAGUUGAGAAGUUCAUGGCUCUGGAAGAAGAUGGCGAGAACUGCUUCAACCAGGUUGGAGGUCUGGAGAUUGCUACAGAUGCCGCACGCAUGGCAGAGUUGAAGCGCAAGCAUGGUUACGCACAGUCUUGGGGCAUCGAAGCUCAUCUCAUCACCCCCGACGAAUGCCUCGAAAAGUACCCGCUGCUCAACAAGGAGCAAGUUCAUGGUGGUCUCCACAUCCCCACCGAUGGUCUCGCCAAGGCAGCUCGCGCAGUCCAGCUUCUUAUCAACCGUACUCGCAAAGCUGGUGUUCAAUACAUUGACAAGACUCCGGUCACUGGUAUCGCAAAGGCUGACGGUCACGUCACUGGUGUUGAGACGCCAAACGGCACUAUCCCCGCCGACAUUGUCAUCUCAUGUGCCGGCUUCUGGGGCGUAGAAAUUGGAGCCAUGAUUGGCCUACCUAUCCCUCUGCUUCCUCUGGCUCAUCAAUAUGUCAAGACUACUUCGGUACCCGCUCUCGCGAAGCGCAACAACCCUGAGGGCGGUGCAUCGUUGCCCAUUCUGCGUUACCAAGACAGAGAUCUUUACUACCGCGAACACGGUGACCAGUAUGGUAUUGGAUACUAUGGUCACAAGCCUAUGCCUAUCGUGGCCUCAACUCUUGGCGUCACUCCUGAGAAGGUCGAUCACAAGAACAUGCCCUCUCGCCUUGAGUUCACUCGCGAAGACUUCGAGCCUGCCUGGGAGCUCUCCAAGCAGUUCUUGCCUUGCAUGGAUGAGGUCGAGAUUGAGGAUGGCUUUAACGGCAUCUUCUCCUUCACACCCGAUGGUGGCUCGCUGGUCGGGUGGGCACCAAACCUCGAAGGCUUCUUCGUCGCCGAAGCGGUCUGGGUCACACACUCUGCCGGUAUCGCCCGUGCAGUUGCCGAGGUGCUGACAACUGGAAAGAGUGAAAUCGACCUUGGAGCUGUCGAGCUCAACCGCUUUGAAGAGGUUCAACUGUCUAGCUCCUACGUCAAGGAGACCUCGUCGCAAAAUUUUGUCGAGAUCUACGAUAUCAUGCACCCGCUACAACCUCGCGACUCACCUCGCAACCUUCGUGUCAGCCCCUUCCACGCUCGUCAGAAGGAGCUUGGUGCUUACUUCCUGGAGGGCGGUGCCUGGGAACGUCCUUACUGGUUCCAGGUGAAUGAAAAGUUGGUCAAGGAUCUGCCAGAUGAGUGGAAGCCCAAGGACCGUGAUGCGUGGUCGUCAAGAUACUACAGCCCCAUCGCUGCAGCAGAAGCGUGGAAGACCAGAACGGCAGCAGCAAUGUACGACAUGACACCGCUGCGUCGUUUGGAAGUCUACGGACCCGGCGCUGUCCAUCUGCUCCAGCGCGUGAGCACUGGUGAUGUUGGCAAGAAGCCUGGCGCUGUCACGUACACACUUUGGCUCGAUGACAGAGGUGGUAUCAAGAGUGAUGUGACUGUUGCCAGACUCGAGGACCAGUUGUUCCAAGUCGGCUGCAACGGACCUGUCGAUCUUGUCUACCUCAACAAGGAGGCCGCAAAGCAGAUGCAGCAAGAUCCCACGAAGUGGUGCACAAUUCGCGACGUCACUGCCGGAACCUGCUGUAUUGGUCUCUGGGGACCCAAGGUCAGAGAGAUUAUCAGCAAGGUCAGCCAAGAUGACUUCUCGAGCACAGCCAAGGGUCUGCGUUACUUCCGCACAAAGCGCGCAUACAUCAGCGGCAUCCCUGUGACCAUCAUGCGUCUCUCGUAUGUAGGAGAGCUCGGCUGGGAGAUCUACACCACAGCCGACCGCGGUCAAGCGCUCUGGGAUGCACUCUGGGAGGCAGGACAGGAGCAGGGCAUCAUUGCGGCUGGCCGUACUGCCUUCAACGCCCUCAGACUGGAGAAGGGCUACAGAUCCUGGGGAUCUGACAUGAACACCGAGCACGAUCCUUACGAGGCUGGCGUUGGCUUCGCUGUCAAGGCAGGCAAGCUAGACUAUUACGGUCAAGCCGCCCUCGAGGGACGUUCAGUCGAGACUGCAAAGAAGCGUAUGCGCUGCCUGGUCAUCGACGACGGUUCCUCGGUGGUGCUUGGCAGAGAGCCUGUGUUCGUUGGCGGUAAGCCCAGUGGAUACGUCACUAGCUCUGCAUUUGCAUACACCAUCGGCAAACCUAUUGCGUACGCAUGGCUGCCAAGUUCGAUCAACGAGGAGGACAAGGUGGAGAUCGAGUACUUUGGCAAGAGGAUCGAGGCUACGGUGACUGCCGAGCCAUUGUUCGAUCCUUCUAUGUCACGUCUGCGUGGUUGA